GUUGUUUUUCUUUUGGUACCGAAGGAUAUAGCACAGUGGAUAAUCGAAAGGAAUUACAGGAAACACUUUAGCCUUUGCCUAUCAGGCGGUUUAUAUUUCCCGCUCUUCCCCUUUACGCGACCAACCGCUCCAAACUCCAUUAGAACAAUCCGCGGUCAUACCAAAAAUGGUGGAAAAGUUUCACCACCCGUGCCAGUCAGUCAGCCCCACGGACUAAAUCGUCACCCUUACAUGUACAAGGGUACGCGUUUGUAUUAUUAGCAUGAAACGGUCGGCGAAAACUUUCGGCCGAGCGUUUACUUAUUCAUAAAUUUGUGCGCGUUAGCAAGAUUUGCUCCAAGCUCGGCGAUCCAGUGUCUACUAAAAUCAGUGAUUACGAGAAGAAUAAAUGAAAAUAACAAAAGAAACCAAAGAAGAAGUGAAAAAAAAUCGUUGUGGCUAUCAGGGCCGGAAAACAGACGUGAGUGGCAUCCAUGGUGAUGGUGUGCCUUCGGUAUGAAGAUUUGCUCGAAAAGUGAACGAUUCUUUUAGAGGUGUUAUAAGCACCAAGAAGAGUAGGUGUUGCAGCCAAAAAAAAAUCACAGCUAAAUACAUUGGUAGUGACUUCUGGAACGGUAGUAGUAGAACGUUCCCUAAUGUUUAAGAGAGGUUUGUUGCGUACUUGAUCAAGCCCGAUCGACGGUAGCGUCAACCGAUAAGAGGAUAUGUGCGUAAGAAUGGUCUACUCUGUUGCGAGAGCAUACGGACGUGUGGGUGUGUGUGUGUGUAUGUGUUUGAAUUUCGUGGUCGUUAAUGUUUAUGACUCAGCGAAGCACAUGUACUUGGAACCAUGUACACGUUUGUGCCCGAAGCUACCGGAACGUAAACGAACGGAAAAGCCACUCGGAAAAUUACACCUGCUCCGGACGGACGUGUAGAUCCUGGAAGCCCGUAAAUGGAACCCGAAGGUCGAAAUGCCAGGUUUACUGCAGGAAGAAGAAUCGUGUAUUUCUACGAGUGUAACAAGUGACUGAGUUGUGUGAUUUGUGAGUGAAAUAAAAAUAAACUAAUUGAAAUAUUGUAAACGAGCAAGUUGGAAUGGAGUAACCACUUGCAUCAAACUUUUGAUAUUGGCAAACGGAUUUAUGUGAGUGCUUGUGCUGCGGUGGUAAAAAAAUAGAGGAAUUAUCAAUCGGAACAUCAGCCUCUCCGCGUAACGUCCGGGGGUGAUUGAUGAUCUAACGGUGUUGUUGUGCCCCGACAAGCGUACGUCAGCUUCAUUCCAGACGAUUAACAACAUACAACUUUGUUCCGAUCUAUGCACUGCAGCAUUGAAUGAAUUACCACGGGAUAGAACCACGGCCCAGCGCUCUUCGUAACGACGACAAUUUUGGAACACACCUCCCAUUCCGACGCUUUGUGUGAUUUAAUAAAGCUACCCGAACCGCACGGAUUGUCAAACCAUUAGAACCGGACGAAAACAGCGGCCAAACGAGCACAACCCAAGCCAAAGUCCUCGGGCAGGGCACAUCGGAACGCGCGAUGGCGAUGGCUUCCGACCAUGUUCGGUAUCUGCUGCUUCUGCUGGUUCUCCUGCUCGGCGAUGCUGGCCAAGCAGCCGAUCCCGUGGGCACGGGAGGACCGUCGAUGGUGCACGUCGGCGAGGACGCACUGCUAACGUGCGUGGUGAUGACGCCCUACAACAACGAUACCGUCCUAUGGCGCAAAGGACCGCACGAGAUCCUGUCUGCCGGCAUGAACCGGGUUACCGGUGACAAGCGGAUCAGCGUGCUGCACGAUGACUCGCCCAAAGGCAGGACUCCACUCGGCGGUGACGUAUGGGUGCUUCUUAUCAAGGAGGCACGUUUGAACGAUUCCGACGUGUAUGUGUGCGAGGUGAACAGUGACCCGAUUGUAAGGAGCUUCCAUCCUCUAACAGUUCGGCAACCAAAGAAGAAAACGGCCUCCAGUCGGAACACGACCGAUUCCCCGUUUGCCAGCACAGCACCAUCCACCGGUCGCUCAACGUCACCGGAAUCUGUAACAUCGGAAGAGGACGAUUCGUCCGACAUGUACACCGACUCGGAGGAAGAAGUGAGCCAGGAUGGUGUUCCACUGGUGACGCACGAUUUCACCGAUUGCUGUCAUGCGAACAACGUGUCCGAAGGGUGCAUGGGUUUCUGUGUGCUGCACAACAUUUUGGACGGAUCGGCCGGUGCCGAACCGGAGCAGUGCGAACGGGACUUUCCAAACAUUGUACGCUGCAUGGCGGACGGGCGGAACCAUGUGCCGUGCUGUGUGGAGAAGGGUAUUCCGGACCUCUGUCAGGAUAUGUGCCGUGGAGAGUAUACGCCUUUUACCGAUUUGCUUAAGUCACGCGUGUCUUGCGUACAGCAUACGCUACCCGGACUGCAGUGCAUUCUGGACAAUAUCCAGAGGCUGCCGUCGGAACCACAAUCCGUCUCGGUGGAACCACUGACGGAGCGUUCGUUGCAGGUUAGCUGGCAGGCACCGGAGAAAUUGGCCUCCAGUGUCAAGUACUACCAAAUCAAUGCUACACGUUUGCAUGCGUUCGAUCAGGACUUUCUGGCAAAUGCUACGGACUCGAAAGAUGGGCUAGUGACGCUGCAAGUUUCGUCUGAUCAGAUGACGGCCGUUCUGUCGAACCUGACGCCCUUCACUAUGUACACCGUCACUGUAAGUGCGCACAAUGAUCAUGGUUCCAGUUUGCCCAGUAUGCGCAUUCGCGCCCUUACGCUUGAGGGUGGCGUCGUCAGCAAGCAGACCAGUGUGGCCGUCGUACCGGUACUUCCAGAUGUCCGUGGAUGUUGCAUGAAGAAAGGAAUCACUCAUCGUACCUGUCUGGAGAAGAUGUGUGAUCCGGUAAAGGCCGACUUUACCGAGGUACCGGAUCUGAUGGUUUGUGCACCGUGGGCUAACAUCACCUUUGCCUGUCUGGCGAACAACGUCGACCAUACGCCCUGCUGCAAAAGCCGUGGAAUACCCGAGGGAUGUCUUUCGUUCUGUUCUGGCACCGUCAAAGCAAUCAACUUCAAUUACUUCAAAUGUCUCCAGUACAUGUCCGAGUAUAGUAGCUGUCUGCUCCAGGGUUACGGUGUUCUUUCGGGACCUCCAUCAAAGCUAAAAGCCCCAUUGAUAUCCAGCCAUUUUGUGGUGCUGGAAUGGAAACCACCAAAGAUUCUACCGGACACGGUAACCGCUUAUCAUCUGCACUAUCGCAAACUGGGUAGCGGCGAAGAGUACAUCGUACUCGAGAAAGAUCAGGCACCGGUCAUUGUGGAGGAUCUGGAAGCGGCCACCUACUACGAAGCUUUUGUCGUUGCCGUCAAUGCGCACGGCAAAGGUGGUCCAUCACCUCGCUUAGUGUUCCAAACGAAGCGUGACAUGCUGAUGGAACCGGCCCACACACACUACAACAUAUCGGCAUGUUGUCACGCAUCUGGGUUGCUACCGCAGUGUGCUCCACUCUGUAGCUACGACGCCAAGAUGUCCGACAUUCAGAAGUUGGGCAACACGUGCCGGGGUCAGAUCGGAACUAUCGUGCGCUGCAGUGCCGGUGGACGAGACCACACAUCCUGCUGUAAUCGUCGGGCAGUUCCACCCAAAUGUCAGUCCCUUUGUCGAGGUGUAAUUACGAGUUCGCCAGCUGAUUGUUUGCCAUUUGCGGGUAACAUUAUACAGUGCUUUGAGGAGGGCAUUGGGCAUAUUCCGGCACCGGUUGAGGACCUGCACGUUACGUCCGUUACGAACACUUCCAUUUCGCUUGCCUGGGUACCGUCGGAAAUAGAUGCAAACAAUACGGAAAAUAAACCAACCGAUUAUCUGGUACAGUAUGGCAAGGUGAACAACAUGACCAUGUACGAAACGGUGAUAAAACUGGAACAUGAACUCAACACAACCGAAACGGAUAUAGAACUGAAAGACCUGGAACCGAAAGCACUCUAUCGCAUUACCGUGGUGUCCCGCGGCGAUCACGGUACGUCUUUGCCCUCGUCGAUGCUGUUGAUCAACACCUCCCGAACGGAUUCGGCCAGUACGGUUUAUGGAGCACCAUCUCCACCGCACUCGCUUGCAGUUUCUGCCCAUAGCGCUACCUGGAUCACGAUAUCCUGGCAGCCGCCAGAGUUUUCUCAUCCACACGAAAGCAUCACCUACAGGGUGAUACAUAAGGUGGCCAACAACUACACCGUGAUCGACACACGACUUUUGUGGGUGCGAGUGAACAAUCUACUUCCAAAUACACAGCACAUCGUGUACGUGGUGGCGAUAGGCUCGAAGGGAACCAGUCUACCGUCAGAAACGCUAGUGGCAUGGACAGAUCCUGCCCUACCUGCUUACGUUGAUCCCCCAACAGUACACCCGUCCGACAUCAUUUCCGAAGGUGGUUCCAUGACAAUUCUCUGUCUGGCUAUGGGAAAUCCAGCUCCAACGAUCUCACUCUACGUCGGAGGACAUCUGGUAAGGCAGGAUACUUCACGGCACAUGAUUACCGUCAUUCACAAUGUCACGACGGAUAUGGAACACAUUUCCUGUUAUGCCGAUAACGGUUAUGGCAUCCCAAUGCAGGCUGCCAAGAAGGUCAACAUUAGCUUUGCGCCUCGUAUACAGGCCUCGGGAAUAACGGUGGCAUCGGUGGGUGAGUCUGUUGAUCUGAAGUGCACUAUCCGUGCACGUCCUAUUCCAAAGACAAUGUUCUGGCGAGAUCACGAUGGACGCGUUCCAGUGAUACAGGGUGGUAAUUACGAUAUGUCCAUGAAGAACGAUGUUGAUGACAACUCGCUGUACGUGAUGACACUGACGAUCGCUAAACUUAGCUCGCAGGAUGUUGGCGAUUACUUCUGCCAUGCGGAGAACGCACUAGGUUCCUCGACAAGAGCCGUAUCGGUGCGCAUACGCAAUACGGCCGCCUCGUCCAACAUCUCGGAGUGUUGCAUGGCACAGAACGUAUCGUCAGCGUGCAUGAGCGCAUGCUCGUUCUAUAUCGAUAUCGAAAGUGUGAUCGAUAGGCCAGAGUGCAUCGUGGACUUUGACAAGCUGAUGCGCUGUGCUGCCGACGGUUCGGAUCAUCGAGGUUGUUGUGCCUCGAAGGAUGUACCGAGACGGUGUCUUAACUGGUGUCGCGGUGAACCGAUCACUCCACCAGGUAUCUGUGCGCUCCAGCACACCCGUACGAUCGUUGGUUGUUUCCAGGAGAAUCGUGAUCGUCUCCCGGGACCUCCACAAAAUCUAAAGGUGCAGGUACUGAGCGAUGAGGAAGUUCUUAUCCGAUGGGAUCCACCAGCAAAGAACCCAAGUACUGUGGAAGGUUACCGGGUGUUUUGGCACGAUCUCGAGCCGGUAACCGAUAACCUUUCGAACGUCAUCAAUGGACUCGCCACGAGCCGGUUGGACGCGAAGGAAACCAGCAUCAAGCUGGAAGGGCUUAAACCGAACGUCAUGUAUGAGCUCGUGAUCAAGGCGGGCAACCAUUUGGGUGCCUCGGUACUUUCGGAACCGCUACGAUUUACGCUCGGUGAUCAACACAUCACUAGUGCAUCGCACGGCACAAACGCCGGUGUGGUCAGUGGCAUCAUUGCCGGUUUGCUCGCGAUCAUACUAGCGAUCGCGGCCAUCUUUGUCGUAAAGCGCGGAAAGUUUGGACCGAAGCAAGCAAACGGGGGCGUUGCGUUCGAAAAUCCGAGCUACCUGCGCGAGAUGAAUGUCGAACAUGUGCAGAUUCCAGCCGUCUCCGGGCAGAACGUAGGCAAUGGUGCAGACUGGCGGCAGGAAUCGUUGCACACAGCGAACGGUACGGCUACGACCGGGCUCACUCAUGACAAUUCCGUUGUCCCAAUGGCCACCGAGGUCAACCCGUCCCUGUACGAGGAGCUCAAGCUUGGCCAUGAUCGUGCCGGGUUCAAGCGGCUGGUCUCCUAGGAAAUGAUGAUUGCCGACCCGGAAAAACCGCAGGUCGGAGGUGACACGGUACUUGUACAUACCAGUGGACAGUUUUAGAUGUGAUCAUCGAUUCACGCGGUGCGAACCACAGUGUGCACGCUAGCAGCGCGGGUUUCGAUACGUAGUUGAAAGCCGAUUUGUAUUUUGUACUCAUAAACUGUGACACGAGAAACGGGAACCCAAACGAGAGGGACAAACAUGGGACAAGCAAGUGCAACACGGGCAACACCGUAUACUAGAGUAAUAAGGACGCAACCAACUAGGGCAGAGUUAGGUGCUGACACAGAGGAUCACCGAUCUUCACCAGCAGUCACGCUUUAUUGUCGCGUUUCACCGGUGUGAUAAAGUUCUAGUGUCACGAAACGACACAAAACGCCAACCAAACACAACGACAGUGAUGCUUCUUCAUUGCACAGCACGAAGUGGUUGCACAAUGCGAAUGAUGGCCAUCUGAUGAUGAAGCCACCAAUUCACAUCAUGCAGCAACCAUCAAACCAAGGCAAGACACAAGUACCGCUCUAGUCAAAUAAGGAAACGGAAACGAAAUUGACAAAAUGGAACCGAAUAUCCGUUCGUUUGGGCAUUAUGUAUGUAGUACAUUUUUGGGCCGAAUUUCCGCCGGCAUUCCUCCACAUCUACACUGAUUAGUUACCAGUACGUUUGUUUUCAUUUUUUUAUUUCCACCAUCUGUUAAAAUACUUAAACAACAUGACAACAUGUCGAACAUGUGUAAUCUCAGUAGCUGUGUUAUCAUUAAAACGCGUUAGCCGUCGUCGUGCACAAGUAAUUUUAGACUCCUCCUCUCACCAACGAUGCAGAAUUUAUUUCAUCUUUUCUCCCAAACAUUCUCCUCAAUUGGCACGGCACACAGAAAUAGAAAGUUUACCGAAGUGAAUCUCAUAGUCCAAGGUGUAAGUUUAGGUCUAUAGCGUGUUUUAGCAUGUUAACUAACAAUGUGACGAGACCAACGUGAAUCCCAUCACCAAUGUUAUUUGAGCACGGAUAAAACAUUCGCCGAGUGUUGACAUGUUUUUUUUUCCAUUACGUGAACAUUAGUAAUACCAAUGCACACAAUGUAGUUAUCGUGCCGUUUAAAAGAAAGAAGGAGAGAAAAAACAUGAAACAUUUUAUUAGCAGAAAAGGUUGUUUAAGCCAUUUUAGUGAAUGAUGUGCGAGCGUGUGCGCGUGUGUAUGUACGUGUGUCUGUUUGUGUGUAGUUUGUAAAGGAGUGUGUGCAAUUGUGCAGUAGUAAACGAAAGUGAACGACUAUAAGUGCAGAGGAUCGGAUCGGUCGCAGUGUCAGUAGGCAGGAAGCAAUAAAUUUGAGGAUAGUUUUUAUAAUAAAAAACAACUUACACAUUAAACUAAA